AUGGCACCUCGUGGAAGAAGACCACACGUACCCCCCUCUGAGAACAAUACCGUACAAGAUGAUAAUUCAGAAGUACUCGCUGCUGCAGCGACACGUUUCUUUCAAAGAAUGGUCAAUGGUGAUAUGGUGGUAGGUAGAACCACACAAGUAGGAUGCACAUUGGAACAGUUCUCCCACCAGCACCCACCAACUUUCGAUGGUAGAUUGAAUUCCUUAGAUGCGGAAAGCUGGAUUGAACGUAUGGAGCAAAUUUUCGAAGUGCUUUACUGCACGGAUGAUCAGAAGGUGAAAUAUGCCACUUACCAUUUGACUGACAUGGCAAACAAAUGGUGGAAGUCGACUCGGGCUUUGGUUCAGUUGGAAUUGGGGGAAGCAGUCCCCAUUACUUUGGAGCAUUUCAAGAAAAUCUUUUUGGACCACUUCUUUCCGCAAACCCUUCAGGAGUCGAGAGCUCGCCAGUUUAUGGAUCUUACUCAAGGAUCAAUGACGGUAGCACAGUAUGCUACGACAUUCAUGGAGCUUUCCCGUUUUGCCAGUUACUUAAUUCCAGAUGAGGAAAAGAAAGCUGAAAAGUUUGAGCGCAGUCUGAAUCGCAGGAUUAGGGAGCGUGGCGAAACAGGAUGGCUCCCCCUAUGUGGAAAGUGUAGUAAGAGGCAUGCAGGGAAAUGUUUGUUGGGAACCGGAGCAUGUUUCAAGUGUGGGAAGGAAGGACACCAUCUUCGAGACUGUCCUAGGAAGAACAUAGCUACUACUCAAGCUACAAGAGAUGGACAGAAGAAUAUGGCACCAGCUCGAGUUUUCUCCUUGGUACAGUUGCGUGACCCCGAUGUGCCCGCCAAUGAGAACACUG